GUUCCGCUAGAGGGUAGGAGCCGGGGAGAGUGUUCUGUGAAAGAAAGAAAAACUGCCUAGUUGUGAAGAGGAUUUGAUCCCUAAGCAGCACAGAAACAGUCUUCAGAAAGAGCAAUGGAGAUGUGUGAAGCUGAGGAUCCAAAGAAUCCUGGGCUGGCAGAAUUGGAUGAGGAUGCGCUGAUGCCCUCUGGAUGGAGCAACUUUAACCUCAGAACUCAAAGCCUGAGAAGAUUUCCAGUUUCCUGGCUGAGUCGCCUGGGCUUCCUGAUGAUGAUGGUCUUCUUUACCCUUUCCUUCAUCCUCAGCAUCAUUAUCCUGUCCCGAGUCUUCCAGAAUCAAAGUCAGUAUAACUUGGACUAUGAAGCAAUCCAGAAGAAACUGAGCCAGCUCUCUGCCCAAAUGAAAGAUGAUUGGGAUCUGAGGACCAAAGAAAAACUUGAAGUUUCCCAGUUCAUUGAACAACUGAACAAUACCUUGAAUCUGAGGGCCAAAGAAAAACUUGAAGUUUCCCAGCUCAUUGAACAACUGAACAAAAACUUGAAUUUGAGGACCAAGGAAAAAAAUGAAGCUUCCCAACUCAUUGAUCAACUAAACAAAACCUUAAACUUGAGAGCCAAAGAACAAAAUGAAGCUUCCCUGCUCAUCAAACAACUGAACAAAACUUUGAGCACCCUUUGCCGUCCAUGUCCCUAUAAGUGGGAGUUAUAUAAAGACAGCUGUUACUCCUUUUCUGUGAACCAAAAUUCAUGGGAGGAAGCCAGAGAGGUGUGUAAGAUAGAUGGUUCUGACCUGGUCAUCAUCAGCUCUUCAGAGGAGCAGAAAUACCUGAAGCAGAAGACUGACUUGAGCCGUCUGUGGUGGGUGGGACUCAGUGACAAGAAGAAAGAGGGGACCUGGCACUGGGUGGAUGGAACAACUCUGGAACAGUCCUUUUGGAAUGAGGGAGAACCCAACAAUGCUGGUGAUGAGGAUUGCUGUGAGCUGACGUCUAAAAAUUGGAAUGAUGCACCUUGCAGCAAGAAGAACAACUGGAUCUGUGAGAAGGAAGCUUUCUCUUGUCUCAAAUCCUGAGCUGAUCCCCAGGACUACAUCUCUCAUCAGCUUGAUCCCUUACUCUCUGACCAUUUUGUUUGUGGCUGAUCAUUCAUCCCUGCCUGAAGAUUUUGCUUCAAUAAAAUAAAUGACUUUCCUCCCA